AUGAACUACGUACAGCUCGAGAAGCUCGGAGAGGGCACUUACGCCACUGUGUACAAGGGUCGAUCUAGGCUGAACAACGAGGUUGUUGCACUUAAGGAGAUUCACCUCGAUGCUGAAGAGGGAACCCCAUCAACGGCGAUCCGCGAGAUCUCGCUCAUGAAGGAGUUGCGUCACACCAACAUCGUUCGCCUCUAUGAUGUUAUUCACACAGAGUCCAAGCUCAUGCUCGUCUUCGAGUUCAUGGAGCAAGACUUGAAAAAGUACAUGGAGAUUCACGGUCACUGCUGCGCUCUUGACCCUGUCACUGUUCGCUCUUUCAUGUUCCAGCUCCUCAAGGGCACUGCCUUUUGCCACGAGAACCGCGUACUUCACCGUGAUCUCAAGCCUCAGAAUCUUUUGAUCAACAAGCGAGGCGAGCUCAAGCUGGCCGACUUCGGUCUUGCUCGAGCUUUCGGUAUCCCCGUCAACACUUUUUCCAACGAGGUCGUCACGCUCUGGUACCGUGCGCCAGACGUGCUCCUCGGCUCGCGCACAUACUCCACCUCGAUCGAUAUCUGGAGUGCAGGCUGCAUCAUGGCCGAGAUGAUCUCAGGUCUGCCACUCUUCCGCGGCCGUGACAACAACGACCAACUCAACCAAAUUCUGCGCAUUCUUGGCACACCAGACGACAACACCAUGAAGCGUCUUGUCAAUGACUCGCCAGAGAUCCAAGUGCGACCAUUCCCUCGCGUGCCAAAAGUUCCUUUUCAGAACAUGUUCCCCAACGCUCACCCAUUGGCAAUUGACUUGCUUGACAAGCUGCUCAAGUUUGACCCAACACAGCGUAUCUCUGCCGACGAAGCGCUUCGACACCCAUACUUUACCACUUCGGCGGCAAUUGCAGGCCUCACUCACCCACAGAGCAACAGCCAGCUCAACCUUGGCAACGGAGGUGGUGCUCAGCAGGGCGGAUAUCGGCAAGGUGUGCCUGGUCAGCCCGUCAACUAA